AUGAGCUUCAAGUCCCCACUCACACUCCAGGAGCUGGCAGAGAACAGUCUCCUGAGAAGCAAGACUGUGGCAAUCUCUAAUCUGGACAAUAUACCCUCAGUUUUUUUCCCAUCACUGUUCAAAAAGGCCUGCAGAAAGAAAAAGUUUAGCAUUGUGAAGGCAAUGGUGCAGGCCUGGCCCUUCCCCUGCCUCCCACUGGGAGCCAUGAUCAAGAGAGGUGAUUCCUACAGGAGAAUCUUAGAGAUUAUCCUGUUUGGGCUUGAUAGCAUGCUUUGCCAGAAGGUUCCUCACAGGAGGUGCAAACUGAAAGUUCUGGAUCUACGGAUUAUGCCUUUGAAGAUGUGGGACAAGUGGUCUGUGUUCAAGGCUCCUGACUGCAGUGAGAACCAAGCAGCGGUGGGUCUUUCAGAAACGGAGGUGAAGCCGCAGGUGAAGGUGGCUAUAGACCUGGUCCUGCAGGAACGCCUAUUAAAGUCCUUGGAGUCCUUUGUCGUUGAAUGGGUGGCUCAGAGAGAAGGUCUGUGUCUGUGCUGUAAGAAGCUAGAGAUCUGGUCUCUGGCUACUUUCUACCACAAAGAUGUCUUAAGGACAUUGGACCUGAACUCUGUUCAGGAACUGCAUUUGUAUAACAUGAACGAUCUUACCUGCCUGCUUAACUUCUCCCCUUACCUGGGUCGUAUGAGGUACCUGCGCAGUCUCCUGCUCUCCAGCCUUUGGCCAUGGGCCUGUCGCACACCAGCGGAGAAACAGCUUGUUACGCAGUUCACCUUGCAGUUUGUCAAACUGAAGCACCUCCAGGCCUUGCAUCUGGAAAAUGUCUUCUUCCUAGAGGAUCACCUAGAGGAGCUCUUCUGGUGCCUAAAGACGCCCUUAGAGACCCUGUCGGUGACUAACUGUUUGAUCUCAAACUCAGACUGGGCCAACAUGGCUGAAUUCCCGUGCACAAGCCAGCUGAAACAUCUGAGUUUGAAAAGGGUUAAACUGACUCAUUUUAGCCCAGAGCCCCUGCAGACUGUGCUGCGAAAAUCUGCGUCUACUUUGCUCUCUCUGGACUUGGAGCACUGUCGGUUGUUGGGCUGCCACCGCAGUGCCGUCCUGUCCUCCCUGAGGUGCUGUACCCAGCUUAGGUGGCUUAACAUCUGUGGAAACCAUUUCUCAGGGAAUUUCUUGAGGGAGUUGUUAGAUGACGAGAUAACCUUGAGAUCAGAAGGGUCCACUGUAGUCAUCAUCCCUGGGUGUGAUGAUCUGUCACCAGAACUUUGA